AUGCUGAAAUUGGCUGAGAAACCUCCCUCAGUAACAACAGACCCUUUUCCCCAACCUCCAGUCAACAUGGUCAACUUAAAUUGGCUAGAACAGAAGAAAGGCAAACUAACAGCAGAAGCUAGCCCUAACAUAGAUAGAAGAGUCACAAGAGAGGCUAAUUAUAGACCAAAAGCAACCAUUUUUGCUGGGAGUAGCCAAAGAGGGAAAUACCAGUUAACACAUCCAAAAAAGCUGAAGACAGAAUCUCCAAGCAAACCUUCUAUCCAUCCUGCCUCACCCUCAGUCAACCAAUUGGAACCGUCACAAUCACAAGAUCAAUCCGGACCUAUUCCAGUAGAAGGACAAGAGGAUUGGACUAAAGAAUAUGAAGAGGAGCAGUUAGACUACGAACCAUCUGCAAACGACCAGACAAGACUCCUCAAAACAAGUGAGCAAGAAGACUGGAUAGAAGAAUAUGGAGAAGAACAGAUGGAGUACGAUGGAGAACUAGAUGAAGAAACUAAGGCUUUCAGUGCAGAGUGCCAAAGCAGGCAAAACUGCCAUGAAAUUUGCCGCAGAAUAGCUCUGCUUCUCCGAACCUACCAAAGAAAUAGCCAAUCAUCUCAGACCUUUGUUCAUAACAGCAAACUUUGGGGGUGUUCCUAUUCCCAAAGUAAUGGUAGAUGGAGGUGCAGCCAUUAA